AUGUCUUGCCCCCUUACCCCUCCUCCAAGUUCUCCACAAACCCAUCAAUAUGAAUAUUGCAAGGGAUCUCCCUCCCAAGUUCCUCCCUCACCUCCUCAGAGCCUCAGCACUGAGGAAGUGCAGAUGCCACUUCAACUUUGCAACAAGAGUUACACAGGGGACAAUCUUUCUGUGUCCAUCCCUCCUGCUGCUCAUAAUCUGUCAGCUCAUGUUAAGCAUUCUCAUGCCAAGUUCACACCUUACAGCAAGCCCAGUGCUAUCAAGCUCCGCUUUGCCAAGAAAUUGAUGGGGUUGUCUGAGAGAGCCUUCCAAAAGGCAUUGGCAAUGAAGGAGGCUGACCGAGAAUUGAGGCAACUCUGUGCUCUUACUACUGCUUGGGAGAUUGAGGCUAUCAACCACCAGAGAGAUUUCCUCCUUGUGAUGCAAGAAGAAGAAGAGACUAAGUUCCUUCAGUUGACUAAAGAUCUCCAGUUUUUCAAGGAUAUCAUGGAGUGUUGCUCAGUCAGUCAAUUGGAAGAGGAGGAAGAGUACCACAUUGGGGCUUAUGGACAGGAUUUAAUGCUGCUCACAUUGGAGGAUGAAUGCCUCAACCAGAUGGAGGAAGUCACAGGUGAACUUGAAGACAACAAAGUGCUCAACUCCAAAGAUAAUCUGAUGGCCUUCUUGGCCACUUCUGCUAAUGUUGAUGAAAGUGACACAGAUGUGAGUGAAGAAGACGAAAGCAAAAAUUGA